AUGGUCAAAGGGCAGCUCCUUGAUUUGUUCCAUGUAUAUGAAAAUGCAGCACCAGUGUUGCUUCUGGCGAAGUGGAGAGGCUGCAUACUAGAAACGAGUAAGAGAGAACUAUGCACUGUUAGCACUAAGUAUGCAGAGGAGUCGUAUGUCUCCCAUGAUGAGGUCAUCACAAGCCAAAUAAGUUUCAUAAAGUUUCAUAAGGACAGUAGCAAACUUACAGCUGCCAUAGUGGUGCAGAGGGCUUUAAUUGAGGCUUUGAUGCUACAUUUUUCACCCAUUUUCCUACUCCUGCUCCCUCUGAAGGAGCCAAGGACCCAGAUGUGGCACUACAUGUCAGUGAGCUUUGCUGGGGCAUGUUGCGGGCCAAGCCAUGUAAAGAGCAUUGAAGGGCUGUUGAAAGGACAGUGGGGUGUUGUCUUGGACCUAUUUUCUGGUUUGCUCUACUAUACUGCAUCAGUAGGCCCGUUUGUCCCUUUCCAAACUGCAACUGCGUCUUCAAAAACAAGUCCGGCCUCACUCAACACACACACAGGAAGCAUGCACUACCUCCACAAAUUUGGUCCUGGAUUUAUACCUGCAAGGGAACAUUCUCCCACUCCAGCAGACCAGCAGCAGAAUCCAGGGUUUGUGCCUGAGGAAGGUACUUGGGUGGAUAUGGGGCAUUUAUUCCGCACUUUCCAUCUGCACAUGACAGGACUUAAAUGCAAUGCUAAUGGCACAUUCAUUGACUGGGAUGCACCUCCAUCACCUCAUAUGGAUGCCCCACCAACUGACUGGACACCUUAUAAUAAUUGGGUGGAAUCAUGUUAA